AUGGCAGCAGUGCACUGCGGAACGCACGCGCACCGUCAGCGUCAGCUGAUCUCGCGAAGAACGACGCGGCGAGGGAGUAAAGAUGGCUGCCUCCUUGGUUCGACUGGUCCGCAGCGGUUUUGGAAGAAGUCUAAAUGUUGCUAGACAGAGCCCUGCGGUUGUCCAGACAAGAACAACGACAACUGAAACCAGACCUACUGUAAGGCCCAAGGAUCCAGUCACACACACUCAGCUUUCAGAGUUUGGAGAAUACAUUGCAGAGAUUCUCCCCAAAUAUGUGCAACAAGUUCAGGUGACCUGCUUUAAUGAGCUGGAGGUAAUGAUCCACCCAGAAGGGAUUAUACCUGUUCUCAGCUUCUUGAAGGAUCACACAAACGCUCAGUUCCACAACAUGACUGACCUGACAGCCGUGGAUGUCCCUACAAGGCAGUGCCGCUUCGAGAUUGUGUAUAAUCUGCUGUCCCUGCGUUAUAAUUCUCGUAUCCGCCUGAAGACCUACACUGAUGAGCUGACUCCUCUUGACUCCUCUGUGCCUGUGCACCGGGCAGCUGACUGGUAUGAGAGAGAGAUUUGGGACAUGUUCGGAGUUUUCUUCGCAAACCAUCCAGAUCUGAGACGCAUCUUGACAGAUUAUGGCUUUGAAGGUCAUCCAUUCAGAAAAGACUUUCCUUUGUCUGGAUACGUCGAGGUACGUUAUGAUGAUGAAGUGAAGCGGGUUGUGGCUGAACCUGUUGAGCUCGCCCAGGAGUUCCGUAAGUUUGACUUGAACAGUCCAUGGGAAGCGUUCCCUGCGUACCGCGAGCCUAAAGAUGCUCCUAAACUGGAGUCUGGGGACAAACCAGCAAAGUAACCCCCUCCCCCACCCAACCCUCCGGCUGUGACCCUAUUAGAGUUCUUAUCACACCCUCAGAACGUAUUUAUGUAAAUAACAUCCUAUGGUACAUCUAAAUAAAACAAUGAAAACCG